CCACAUCAGUUCUAUUAGGACAUUCUUGCGUAUAAGAAGGCCUUUUAAACCAAGCCCGAUUGUUGAGACCUCAUCAGAUACCUUUCUACGAGCUCUCCUCUUUGCUCUAGAAGAUCACUUCUCCCUUAUACCAAGUCGAAUACCUUGAGAUUUCAUACUUCGAUCUAGACGCCUACCUUGCCGCAAGAUUCGGCUCUUUCAUUACUUGAGCCUUAUUUGAAACAAUCAGUACAUAGUCUUUGAAAGCCCCCGAUCACCGUAACCCUUAUGAUCAACCAUUUUGGAUUGCUUCUUCUUCUUAUGUACGGUGUGAUCCAAGAUAUUCAAUGUCACGACACAAAAGAAGCAGUAGCACCUAGAAAGGAAUACAAACUGGACUGCGAAUUCGAGGUUUCUUCCAAGAAGAGAUUGCGUAAGUAUGAGUGGAUCGUGACUAAUACCACUGGAGCUCCCGAUGGCUUUUGGCGUUCUGUGCUCGCAAUUAACAAUCAAAUGCCCGGCCCGUUGAUUGAAGCGAAUGAAGGUGAUGAUGUGGAGGUGACCGUCAUCAACAAACUCGAUUCUCCGCUUACUAUUCACUGGCACGGCCUUUAUCAGAAUGGAACAAACUGGGAAGAUGGAAUUUCUGGUAUCACACAAUGCCCCAUUCCAGCUGGAGUCACAUACACUUACAAGUUUACACUGGCCAAUCAGUAUGGAACAUUCUGGUAUCAUGCUCAUUACCAGUCCCUCAAGACGGAUGGGCUUGUCGGCCCGUUGGUUGUCCACUCGCCGCGGGAUCCAUUGAAGCGCGGAAUCGACUUUGACGAAGAGAUUGUAUUGCUCUUACAGGACUGGUACCACACUCCCUCAAAUGUGAUUGACCCACAGAUGAGGUCGACCCAAGGAUAUAUGGGAUUCCCGUCGCCGCCGAGUGCCAACUCAGCACUUAUCAAUGGGAUUGGCCAAUGGGAUUGUAGAUUCGCUUUGACCGAUGAUCGUUGCAGAAAGAAUUCACCUCCAGAAUUUCACCUCGUUGCCGGCACCAAAACCCGGUUCAGGUUGAUUCAGGCCGGGUCUCAUGCUAUGUUCUUCUUCUCAGCUGAUGAACAUACCCUUAAUGUCACUGAGGCUGAUGCUACACCAGUACACGGACCUCCUGCCAUCCACAGAGUCAAGUUUCACAACGGCCAAAGGUACUCUGUCAUCUUGAGCGUGGCUGCCAACGAAACCGGUACUAGCUUCUUUCUGAGGGCUUCUAUGGAUCCCGAUUGCUGGGUCUGGGUGACAAGCGAUUUGCAGAAGACUGCCUUUGCAAUUAUACGUGUCGUCGAUGCAACCACCAGGACUUUCUCCACAAAGCGACCUACAAGCAGAGACUGGGCGGAUCGAAUAAAUGGAGACUGUAGAGAUCUCGAUCCCAAUACAUUAGUACCUAUCAUUCCUGUCCGAGUACCUCAAACAGUCGACGGGGCGGGGGCGUUGGCUGUUGGCUUAGGCUUUCGAGUUUUUUCGACAGGUGCCCAACUGCCUACGAGUGCUGGGGUACCUAGCUCAAACAAUUCGAGACCUACACAUCCUGUGUUGCAAAUCAAGGACAUCAAGUCUGGAAUUGUCAGUAUCCCUCCGCCUGGUACCAACACCACUUUACCCUCGAUUACUGUCAAUGCUCAGGUGACAUCCGCUCCAGCUGGGGCCGGGGGGGCUUAUUUUGUUAACAACGUGACAUGGCAAGCAAAUCAACUCAAUCCUGUGCUACACGACUUUGCUGCAGGUGGACCGGGACGCACUGAUAACUCAAAGAUUGCCAGUGUGGUAUAUCCGACCUUGGGCUGGUAUGAUCUGUACCUUGUGAAUUUGGAGCAAGCAACGAACCACCCUUUUCACUUGCACGGCCCAGAGAUGCACAUUGUAGCCAUUGGAACCGGCACACCAACACCUGAAAAUCUCAGGAACUUGACUUAUUCUACACAAAACCCCCUACGAAGGGACACAAUCUUUCUACAAGGUGGCACUUAUGCUGUAAUAAGACUACGUACAGAUCUUCCUGGGAUAUGGGCCGUGCAUUGUCAUAUUCAAUUUCAUUUGGCUGAUGGGUUUCUCGGUAUGAUCGUGAUUCAACCGGAUAAGAUCAAGAAUUUCAAGAUUCCUCCGAAGACCAGAGAUCUUUGCAAGACUCCCAUCCCUUCUCUUAGGAUGUACGCCGAUCGUAUUUGAGCAGCUCUUUUUUCAUUAUUUCUUGCAUUUUCUGUGUAUACUUUUCAUCAAGAGAAUCAACGGGAUUGAGGUUUAUAACUGUAAUUAUUGUAUAUACUACUGAUUUUAGCUGCUAACAAACUUGUUUCAUCUCUUUAUCCAUUUGAUUACAAGUUGGACAUUUUUAUGCCUGUGCAUACUUUUCAUCAAGGCAAUCAACGGGAUUGAGGCUUAUAACUGUAAUUAUUGUAUAUACUACUGUCACUGAUUUUAGCUGCUCAGAACACAUUUGUUUUGUUCCUUU